AUACUCAUUUUCAUAUUGAAGCAACUAAACAGGUCCUACGUGAUUACAAAUACAUCAGGUUUUUGAAAAUAAUAUUCACGAAAAUAUUCGGCCGGAUGAAAAGUGCGAAUCACGAUAGUUUGUCUUUCCCAACUCCGAAAAUGGACAUGAGUGGAAAACUGAUCAUAAAGGCUCAACUGGGAAAUGAUAUACGAUGCAUUCCUAUUCAUAAUGAAGACUUAACUUACGACGAUUUGCUACUAAUGAUGCAGCGUGUUUUCCGCGGACGUUUAUCAAAUUCCGACGAUGUAACCAUAAAAUAUAAAGACGAAGAUGGUGACUUGAUCUCGAUAUUCGACAGCUCAGAUCUAUCUUAUGCCAAAUCUGUGAGCCGAAUUCUUAGAAUCACUUUAUUUGUAAAUCAGCAUCCGCGACCAAUGGAGCACGACUUGGUACGGGAAUUUCGCAAGGAACUUGCUGGUAUCCGAGACAAAAUCAACUUUCUUUUUGAUCGACUGGAGUUAGCCGAAACUGAAGCAAGCAAUGAGAAAUCAGCAAAGGCCCAGAAUAUGGAUAACAAAGCAAGUUUGAAUCCCGAAAAAGAUGCACCUGUAGGCCCCGCCGUCAAUGACACAAAUAAGCCAAUCGAUCCUCUUGCCAAAGUCCAUGCUGCCAUGUUUGAUCCUCUUAAACAGCAAUCUAAUCAAAUAGAUAGCAAAGCUGCUGAUCAAUUUGAUCAAAUUGGCCAGCGACAAGUCACUUAUACCCACCUCAAUCAAGGAUAUCCACCAGCAUCACUUGGCAAUACGUCACAGCCAAACUUCCACACUGCCAACAAUCAACCAUUCAACCCAACCACGGCAUCAACCUCACAACCUGUACAAGGGUAUAAUAUGCUACCACCCCCUAACCAAGUCCCUCAAAGCCAAGUGCCCCCAUCACAAACUCCUGCCUAUGAUCCUAACAUUUACCCCCAAACAGCCCAGACCUAUUCUCAAUACAAUUACCAAUCCAACAAUGAUGGUGUGCCUGUUCAAAAUCCCAAUGUGUCAGCACCAACUCAGUCUUACUCUGGUCAAAGCCAAUCUCAAGUAUAUAUUGGUGCUGGGGUCGACCCUGGUUUUGCUACCGGUACGGGAUAUGGAAAUCAAGGUGGUAAUACAAACCCCAAUCCAUAUUCGAAAUCUUCACAAGCUCCAGGAUAUGACUAUAGUGCUUCAGGACAAUACCCAACCAGCUAUCAACCCACCUACCCAAAUUACUAACGUCUGAAUGAUUUGUUGCUGGUGAUUGAAAAGCGUUGCUAUCACUGGAACACAUUUAAAAUGGAAUUGAAUGAAAAUGAAUGAAAUUGUUGCACAAAGAAUUUCCUAUAAAAACUGAUAGUAAAAUUUGAAUUGAUGAAAUGGUCACAAUCAACUGGUGUGAAAAAACAAUUCAUACAUCAGUGUUGUAUAAUAUUUGAUAUUUUUUGAUGAGAUAUUUACAUGCAUGUGCAGUAAACUUUAAAGUUAGCUCAAAUGGUUUUAAGAUCUUGAUGUGCAUUAUAAGACAUCCAUCUUAAGUCUUUCAGCAACCAUGCAGUUUACAACAUUUGAAGAUGAAAUGAAAUAUUUUUUAUAAUAGAAAAAUUGCACAAUUUUUAUCUUUUCAGCUUUUAAAAUUCGUGGAAGUUACGUCGAAUACGGCAACGCAAACGAGUUUUGUAAUUUAAGUCACGUGCCUCGUUUACCUAAUCUUAUUUUUGGUCGCAAAGGGGGAAUGCAUGCCGAUUUUUUGUCAAAAAAAGCACCAAAAUGUUGAACAUCAGAGGGGAGACUGAAAAUUGCAUUUACUGAAUUUGCCGGCCAAAAUGUGAAAAUAACACGCACCUUAUAACAUAUACCCAAAGAUACCUGGACACGCUUUCAUUGUAACGCCAGUCAAGCUGUAGCUAUGGAAACAAGUUUAUCAAAGUACGACCGACUUGCGUUUUCACUUCGUGCAGUUCAGACAAGGCAUUGAGGGGGGGGAUGGGGAAAAGAUACGUCACCACCCUCCCUCCCAUUCUUAAGACCAUGCCUUAGUGUUGGUGCAUUUUGUCUUUAAAUGUUGUAAACAUUACAUGUAUGUAAAAUUUAUAAUGGUUGCGCUUGCACGUUAACAUUCAUAUAGUAUUAUGGAAUAACCAUGGGGAUUUGUUGAAGUUCGGAAUAAAUACUUAUCAGCUUUUGUAGAAA